AUGUAUCUUGGACAGGGCGUCACGGCUUAUGCGUAUGCCUAUUUUGCUCCUUCGAUCAUCAAAACCUACGGCAACGACGUCAUCAAAACACAGCUCUACUCCAUCCCGCCCUGGGCCGCGGCGUUUUUCAUCUCCAUGCUCAUCGCCUUUUUGUCUGACAAAUUGCGGCACCGGUUCAUCUUUGCUAUCAUCCCGAUGCUCAUCGCCAUGGCUGGUUUUGGGAUCCUCCUCAACGUCCACGACCAUCACAAGGUACAAUACGGUGCUUUGUUUCUCGUCGCGGGUGGCUGCUACAGUGCCAUGCCCGUGCUGAUCUGCUGGUUCUCGAUGAAUCUGGGUGGUCAUCGUCGACGAAGCGUAGGGACGGGAUGGCAGCAUGGGGUUGGGAACAUCGGCGGGAUUAUCUCCACCUACUCCUUUCUCGCUAAAGGCGCCCCUCGCUACCGUAACGGGUACAUCAUCAGUCUGUCAUUCCUCUGUUUCUCCGCUGUGAUGGCUAUCGUCUACUUAUUGGCAGCUUUGUACGAUAACAAAAAGCGUGAUCGGGCCAUUGCGAAUGGGACAAUUGACUUGCAGGCAUUGCCGGAAGAGGAGUUGGAGUAUAUGGGUGAUUUGGCACCGACAUUUCGCUAUGCUUACUGA